CGUAAUUUUUCACUGGGCGAGGCAGGUUGUGAAAAAUUCUUAUUGUGCAAAUUAAAUAUUGAAAUUGUGUGUUUAAAAACCAUUUGUGGACAUGGGUGAUUCCCUGGAAAACCCCGACACAUCGGUGGAUCCCGGCGUGAAUGUAUCCAUAGCCAACUAUGAUGCAUUUGCAAAUUAUCUCCGCAAGGCAGUCACCAUCUUGCUGCCCGAUGAUGAAGUGGUGCCGCAAUCUCUGAACAAAGCCCUGGACGACCCAAUCAACCAGGAGACGAUCAGAAAGUUCCUCUCGGACCCCCAGGUGCAGGCCCUGUAUGUGCAGCGGAACUGCAUAAAAGAGGACGAUAGCGAACAGCCCGCGGAGGGGGAGGAGGAGAAGGAGCAGGUGUCGUACCAAAUCAGCAAUGACGUUCACUUCACCAACAGCCGCAUGGCCUCGCUGGCAUGCAUCAAGCGAGGCGUUGUGGUGGAGGCGGACAAGUCGAUUCACUCCCAGCUGCGACUAAUCAACUUCUCCGAUGGCUCCCCGUACGAGACGCUGCACGCGUUCAUCAGCAAGUCCCUGGCCCCCUACUUCAAGUCGUAUGUCAAGGAGUCGGGUCGUGCCGACCGGGAUGGCGACAAGAUGGCCCCGUCGGUGGAGAAGAAGCUGGCGGAGCUGGAGAUGGGGCUGCUGCACUUGCAGCAGAACAUUGAUAUACCGGAGAUUACCCUGACGGCACAUCCGACCGUCAAUGCAGUGAUCCGCAAGUGCGCGGAUGAGGGACGCAAGGCCAAGGUGGUGGACUUUGGCGACAAGGUGGAGGACUCUUCGUUUCUCAACCAGCUGCAGAACGGCGUCAAUCGCUGGAUAACCGAAAUCAAGAAGGUCACCAAGCUAAAUCGUGACCCCGGCUCGGGAACGGCGCUGCAGGAAAUCUCUUUCUGGCUGAAUCUGGAGCGUGCCCUCUAUCGCAUCCAAGAGAAGGGCGAGUCCGUGGAGGUGGCUCUGACGUUGGACAUCCUGAAGCAUGGCAAGCGCUUCCAUGCCACCGUCUCGUUCGACACGGACACGGAACUGAAGCAGGCUCUGGCCACUGUGGCCGACUACAAUCCGCUGAUGAAGGAUUUCCCCAUCAACGAUCUGCUGUCCGCCACGGAGCUGGAGAAGAUUCGGCCGGCCGUGCAGCAAAUCUUCUCGCAUCUGCGGAAGGUCCGCAACACCAAGUAUCCCAUUCAGCGCUGCCUCAAGCUGAUCGAGGCCAUCUCGCGGGAUCUGUCGCAGCAGCUGCUCAAGGUGCUGGGCACCCGGCGGCUGAUGCACAUUCCCUUUGACGAGUUUGAGCGCGUGAUGAACCAGUGCUUCGAGAUCUUCAGCUGCUGGGACGACGAGUACGACAAGCUGCAGGGCCUGCUCCGUGACAUUGUGAAGAAGAAGCGGGAUGAGCACCUGAAGAUGGUGUGGCGCGUUUCGCCCGCCCACAAAAAGCUGCAGACCCGCAUGGAGCACAUGCGCAAGUUCCGGCGCCAGCACGAACAGCUGCGCACCGUUAUCCUGCGCGUCCUGCGCCCCACCAAGCAGGCUGUUGGCGAUGACGGCAGCACCGUGGAGACCAAACAGCCCUACAGCCUCGAUGCAGCCGAUGCCAAUGCCAUCGAGGAGGUGAAUCUUGCAUACGAAAAUGUCAAGGAGGUGGAUUGCUUGGACAUAACCAAGGAGGGCUCAGAGGCCUGGGAGGCCGCAGUGAAGCGCUACGAGGAGAAGAUUGAUCGCGUCGAGACUCGCAUCACUGCUCAUUUGCGCGACCAACUGGGAACGGCAAAGAAUGCCAACGAGAUGUUCCGCAUCUUCUCGCGCUUCAAUGCGCUUUUUGUGCGCCCGCACAUUCGGGGCGCCAUACGGGAGUACCAGACGCAGCUGAUACAGCGUGUCAAGGACGACAUUGAGGCACUGCAUGAGAAGUUCAAGGUGCAGUAUCCGCAGAGCAAGAGCUGUCGUCUCUCAUCGGUGCGAGAUCUGCCCCCGGUGGCGGGUUCCAUCAUUUGGGCACGUCAGAUCGACAAUCAGCUGACGAUGUACUUGAAGCGCGUGGAGGAUGUGCUGGGCAAGGGCUGGGAGACCCACAUCGAGGGCCAGAGGCUGAAGGAAGACGGCGUUAGCUUCCGCGCCAAGCUCUCCACCGUUGAAGUGUUCAACGAGUGGGCCCGCAAGGUGCAGGAGCGCAACUUUGGCAGCACUGGUCGCAUUUUCACAAUUGAGUCAACGCGCUCUCGCACUGGACGUGGCAAUGUUCUGCGACUAAGGGUCAACUUCUUGCCAGAGAUAAUCACGCUGGCCAAGGAGGUGCGGAAUAUCAAGAAUCUGGGAUUCAGAGUACCGCUCACCAUUGUGAAUAAGGCGCAUCAGGCAAACCAGAUCUAUCCGUAUGCUAUAUCGCUGAUUGAGAGUGUUCGCACCUACGAACGCACCCUGGAGAAGCUUAAUAAUAGGAGUCUAGCACAAAAUUCCGUAUUCAAGAUCGAAGAUCGUGCCAGCAUUGUGCCGCUGGUGGCAGGACUGCGCAAGGAUGUCUUGAACUUGGUUUCCGAGGGCAUUGGACUCGUUUGGGAAUCGUACAAGCUGGAUCCUUAUGUUCUUCGUCUCUCGGAAUGCGUUACGCAGUUCCAGGAGAAGGUUGAUGACUUGUUGGUCGUUGAGGAGCAACUGGAUGUGGAUGUACGCUCGCUGGAGACAUGUCCCUAUAGUGCUGCCACCUUUGUGGAGAUUCUAUCAAAGAUUCAACACGCUGUCGAUGACCUUUCGCUGCGUCAGUAUUCCAAUCUGAGCGUUUGGGUCACGCGUCUGGAUGAGGAGGUGGAGAAGAAGUUGGCACUGCGACUGCAGGCGGGUAUCCAGGCCUGGACUGAGGCCCUGACUGGCAACAAGAAGGAGGUGGACACCUCCAUGGACACUGAUGCACCGGCCCAGCCCACGCACAAGCUCGGCGGGGAGCCGCAGAUCCAGAAUGCCGUGCACGAGAUUCGCAUUACCAACCAGCAGAUGUAUCUCUAUCCCUCCAUUGAGGAGGCCCGCUUCCAGAUCAUGCAGCAGUUCUUCGCCUGGCAGGCGAUCGUCACCUCGCAGAUGCGCCUCCAGAGCACCCGCUACCAGGUGGGCCUGGAGAAGCCCGUCUCGCAGACGUAUCGCAAUCUGCUGACAAAGCUGCCUGAGGGCAAGAUCCUGGACAGUGCCUAUGGAGCCAUCAAUAACAAAGUGGGCGAAGUGCGCAAUUAUGUGGACGAGUGGCUGCGCUACCAGAGCCUGUGGGACCUACAGGCAGACAUGUUGUACGGCCGCCUGGGUGAGGAUGUCAACUUGUGGAUAAAGUGCCUCAACGACAUCAAGCAAUCACGCACCACCUUCGACACGUCCGACACUCGGCGCGCCUAUGGCCCCAUCAUCAUCGAUUACGCCAAGGUGCAGGCAAAGGUCACUCUGAAGUACGACUCGUGGCACAAGGAGGCGCUGGGCAAGUUUGGAACGCUGCUGGGCACCGAAAUGACCAGCUUCCACGGCAAGGUGUCCAAGUCGCGCACUGACCUCGAGAUGCAGAGCAUUGAGGCGGCCAGCACCUCGGAUGCCGUCAGUUUCAUCACCUACGUGCAGUCGCUGAAGAAGGACAUGAUAUCGUGGGACAAGCAGGUGGAGGUGUUCAGGGAGGCGCAGCGCAUACUUGAGCGCCAGCGGUUCCAGUUCCCCAACAACUGGCUGCACGUGGACAACAUCGAGGGCGAGUGGUCGGCCUUCAAUGAGAUCAUCAAACGCAAGGACACGGCCAUCCAGACGCAGGUGGCUAGCCUGCAGGCCAAGAUUGUGGCCGAGGACAAGGCCGUGGAAACGCGUACCGUGGACUUCCUCAACGAUUGGGAGAAGACCAAGCCCACGGGCGGCAAAAUCCGUCCGGACGAUGCUCUUCAGCAGCUUCAAAUCUUUGAGAGCAAGUACUCGCGCCUCAAGGAGGAGCGCGACAAUGUGGCCAAGGCCAAGGAGGCUCUGGAGUUGCAAGAGUCGGCGGUGCCCAACAACAGUGCCGAGCGCAUGAAUGUGGCUCUGGAGGAGUUGCAGGAUCUUCGUGGCGUAUGGGGCGAGCUGUCGAAGGUGUGGACCCAGAUAGAUGAGACGCGCGAAAAGCCCUGGCUGUCGGUGCAGCCGCGCAAGCUGCGCCAGCAGCUGGAGGCGAUGAUGGCACAGUUGAAGGAACUGCCUGCCCGCCUCCGCAUGUACGAGUCGUACGAGUACGUGAAGAAGCUCAUCCAGAGCUACAUCAAGGUGAACAUGCUGAUUGUGGAGCUAAAGUCGGACGCCCUCAAGGAGCGCCACUGGAAGCAGCUGACAAAGCAGCUGCGCGUCAACUGGGUCAUCUCCGACCUCACACUGGGACAGGUGUGGGAUGUCAAUCUGCAGAAAAACGAGGGCAUUGUCAAGGACAUUAUUCUGGUGGCCCAGGGCGAGAUGGCGCUGGAGGAGUUCCUCAAGCAGGUGCGCGAGUCCUGGCAGAACUACGAGCUGGAUCUGAUCAAUUACCAGAACAAGUGCCGCAUCAUCCGCGGCUGGGAUGACCUCUUCAACAAGGUCAAGGAGCACAUCAACUCGGUGGCCGCCAUGAAGCUAUCGCCAUACUACAAAGUCUUUGAGGAGGAGGCCCUCACCUGGGAGGAGAAGCUGAACCGGAUCAACGCCCUCUUUGACGUGUGGAUCGAUGUGCAGCGUCGCUGGGUGUACCUCGAGGGCAUCUUCUCGGGCAGUGCCGACAUCAAGACGCUGCUACCCGUGGAGACAUCCCGUUUCCAGAGCAUUAGCUCCGAGUUUCUCGGUCUGAUGAAGAAAGUCACAAAGUCGCCGAAAGUUAUGGAUGUCCUGAACAUUCCAGCCGUGCAACGUUCGCUGGAGCGUCUGGCCGAUCUGCUGGGAAAGAUUCAGAAGGCCCUCGGCGAGUACUUGGAGAGGGAGCGUACCUCCUUCCCCCGAUUCUACUUCGUGGGCGACGAGGAUCUGCUGGAGAUAAUCGGCAACAGCAAGAACAUUGCCCGUCUCCAAAAGCAUUUCAAGAAGAUGUUUGCCGGCGUGGCUGCCAUCCUCUUGAACGAGGAGAGCAACGUCAUUCUGGGCAUAUCAUCGCGCGAGGGCGAGGAGGUGCACUUCAUCAAUCCCGUGUCCACCGUGGAGCAUCCCAAGAUCAACGAGUGGCUGUCGCUGGUGGAGAAGCAGAUGCGCUUCACUCUGGCCUCCCUGUUGGCUCAGGCCGUGCAGGAUAUCAAGCAGUUCCGCGAUGGCAAAAUCGAUCCUCAGGCCUACAUGGAAUGGUGCGACAAAUACCAGGCCCAGAUUGUGGUCCUAGCGGCCCAAAUCCUAUGGUCCGAGGAUGUUGAGGCGGCUCUGCAGCAGGCCUCAGAGACAAACAACGCCAAGCCCAUGCAGCGGGUCCUUGGCAACGUGGAGAACACAUUGAAUGUCCUGGCCGACUCUGUGCUGCAGGAGCAGCCGCCACUGCGCCGCCGCAAGCUGGAGCAUCUCAUCAACGAGUUUGUGCACAAGCGUACGGUGACCAGGCGCCUUAUCACCAACGGCGUGACGUCGCCCAAGUCCUUCCAGUGGCUGUGCGAGAUGCGCUUCUACUUCGAUCCCCGCCAGACGGAGGUGCUGCAGCAGCUGACCAUCCACAUGGCCAAUGCGCGCUUCUUCUACGGCUUUGAGUAUCUGGGUGUGCAGGACCGCCUGGUGCAGACACCGCUCACGGAUCGCUGCUACCUGACAAUGACCCAAGCCCUGGAGUCGCGCCUCGGAGGCUCUCCCUUCGGGCCCGCUGGCACGGGCAAAACGGAGUCGGUGAAGGCGCUGGGCAAUCAGUUGGGUCGCUUCGUGCUCGUCUUCAACUGCGACGAGACGUUCGACUUCCAGGCCAUGGGCCGCAUCUUUGUGGGCCUGUGCCAGGUCGGAGCCUGGGGCUGCUUCGACGAGUUCAAUCGUUUGGAGGAGCGGAUGCUGUCCGCCUGCUCGCAGCAGAUCCAGACCAUCCAGGAGGCGCUCAAGUACGACAUGGACAGCAACAAGGAGAGCAUUACCGUGGAGCUGGUGGGCAAGCAGGUGCGCGUUUCUGCCGACAUGGCCAUCUUCAUCACGAUGAAUCCGGGAUAUGCCGGCCGCUCCAAUCUGCCGGACAAUCUGAAGAAGCUCUUCCGGUCGCUGGCCAUGACCACACCCGAUCGGCAGCUGAUCGCCGAGGUGAUGCUCUUCUCGCAGGGAUUCCGCACUGCCGAGAAGCUCGCCUGCAAGAUCGUUCCAUUCUUCAAGCUCUGCGACGAGCAGCUAUCCAACCAGAGCCACUACGACUUCGGUCUGCGUGCCCUCAAGUCGGUGCUGAUAUCCGCUGGCAACGUGAAGCGCGAUCGCAUCAUGAAGAUCAAGGAGCAGAUGCGACAGCGUGGCGACGAGAACAUAGACGAGGCCUCUGUGGCCGAGAAUCUGCCUGAGCAGGAGAUUCUCAUCCAGUCGGUGUGCGAGACCAUGGUGCCCAAACUGGUGGCCGAGGACAUUCCACUGCUCUUUUCGCUGCUCAGCGACGUCUUCCCCAAUGUGGGCUACACGCGGGCAGAGAUGAAGGGCCUCAAGGAGGAGAUUCGCAAGGUGUGCCAGGAGGACUAUCUGGUCUGUGGCGAGGGAGACGAGCAGGGCGCUGCCUGGAUGGAAAAGGGACUCGGCUCCACGUGGGUGGACAAAGUACUGCAACUCUACCAGAUCUCCAAUCUCAACCACGGCCUGAUGAUGGUGGGGCCUUCGGGCUCCGGCAAGUCCACUGCGUGGAGAACUCUCCUGAAGGCCCUGGAACGCUUCGAGGGCGUUGAGGGAGUGGCCCAUGUCAUUGAUCCCAAGGCCAUCUCCAAGGAGGCCCUCUACGGCGUCCUGGAUCCCAACACCCGCGAGUGGACCGACGGUCUCUUCACCCACAUUCUCCGCAAGAUCAUCGACAAUGUGCGCGGCGAGAUCAACAAGCGCCAGUGGAUAAUCUUCGACGGCGACGUGGAUCCCGAAUGGGUGGAGAAUCUCAACUCUGUGCUGGACGACAACAAGCUGCUGACCCUACCCAAUGGCGAGCGUCUCUCGCUGCCUCCGAAUGUGCGGGUGAUGUUUGAGGUGCAGGAUCUGAAGUUUGCCACGCUGGCCACCGUUUCGCGGUGCGGCAUGGUCUGGUUCUCGGAGGAUGUGCUCUCCACGGAGAUGAUAUUCGAGAACUAUUUGUCGCGGCUGCGCAGCAUUCCCCUGGAGGAUGGCGACGAGGACUUUGUGGGCGUAAUGAAGCCUGCCAAGGACAAGGAGGAGGAGGUGUCCCCCUCGCUGCAGGUGCAGCGCGACAUUGCCCUCCAGCUGCAGCCGUUUUUCUCCGGCGAUGGCAUUGUGGUGCGCACCCUGGAGUACGCCAUGGACCAGGAGCACAUCAUGGACUUCACUCGGCUGCGGGCCCUCAGCUCGCUCUUCUCCAUGCUCAAUCAGGCGGCCCGCAACGUGCUAAACUUCAAUUCGCAGCAUCCGGACUUCCCCUGCUCUGCCGACCAGUUGGAGCACUACAUACCCAAGGCUUUGGUGUACUGUGUUCUGUGGUCCUUUGCCGGCGAUGCCAAGCUCAAGGUGCGCACCGAUCUGGGUGACUUUGUGCGCAGCGUGACCACCGUGCCGCUGCCAGGCGCCGCUGGGGCUCCCAUCAUUGACUUUGAAGUGAGCAUGAGCGGCGAUUGGGUGCCGUGGAGCAACAAGGUGCCGGUCAUCGAGGUGGAAACCCACAAGGUGGCCUCCCCGGACAUUGUGGUGCCCACUCUGGACACCGUACGUCACGAGUCGCUGCUGUACACGUGGCUGGCGGAGCACAAACCCUUGGUGCUCUGCGGUCCGCCUGGAUCUGGCAAGACGAUGACUCUCUUCUCGGCACUGCGUGCCCUGCCCGACAUGGAGGUGGUGGGUCUGAAUUUCUCAUCGGCCACCACCCCGGAGCUGCUCCUGAAGACGUUCGAUCACUACUGUGAGUACCGCAAGACACCCAAUGGCGUGGUGCUGUCUCCCGUGCAGAUUGGCAAGUGGCUGGUCCUCUUCUGUGACGAGAUCAAUCUGCCGGACAUGGACAGCUAUGGCACACAGCGAGUCAUCUCGUUCCUGCGCCAGCUGGUGGAGCACAAGGGCUUCUAUCGGGCCAGUGACCAGGCCUGGGUGUCGUUGGAGCGUAUACAAUUCGUGGGCGCCUGUAAUCCGCCCACGGAUCCGGGUCGCAAGCCGCUGUCGCAUCGCUUCCUGCGGCACGUGCCCAUCAUCUAUGUGGACUAUCCGGGAGAGACGUCGCUCAAGCAGAUCUACGGCACCUUCUCGCGUGCCAUGCUGCGUCUGAUGCCCGCUCUGCGCGGAUACGCCGAGCCACUCACCAAUGCUAUGGUGGAGUUCUAUCUGGCCUCCCAGGACCGAUUCACGCAGGAUAUGCAGCCACAUUACGUGUACUCGCCCCGUGAGAUGACGCGUUGGGUGCGAGGCAUCUGCGAGGCCAUCCGCCCGCUGGACUCGCUGCCAGUGGAGGGUCUGGUGCGGCUGUGGGCCCACGAGGCACUGCGUCUCUUCCAGGAUCGUCUGGUGGAUGACCCAGAGCGGCGCUGGACCAACGAGAACAUUGACAUUGUGGGGCACAAGCACUUCCCCGGCAUCAACCAGGAGGAGGCGCUGCAACGUCCGAUCCUGUACAGCAACUGGCUGUCCAAGGACUACAUGCCCGUGAACCGCGAAGAGCUGCGUGACUAUGUACGCGCCCGCCUCAAGGUCUUCUACGAGGAGGAGCUGGAUGUGCCUCUGGUGCUGUUCGACGAGGUGCUUGACCAUGUGCUGCGCAUCGAUCGAAUCUUCCGCCAGCCGCAGGGCCAUCUGCUGCUCAUUGGCGUCUCUGGCGCUGGCAAGACCACGCUUUCCCGCUUCGUUGCUUGGAUGAACGGCCUGUCCAUCUUCCAGAUCAAGGUCCACAACAAGUACACGAGCGAGGACUUUGACGAGGAUCUGCGCUGUGUGCUGCGACGCUCCGGCUGCAAGGACGAGAAGAUUGCCUUCAUUCUGGACGAGUCGAAUGUGUUGGAUUCGGGCUUCCUGGAGCGCAUGAACACGCUGCUGGCCAACGGCGAGGUGCCGGGUCUCUUCGAGGGCGACGAGUACACCACCCUGAUGACGCAGUGCAAGGAGGGCGCUCAGCGCGAGGGUCUCAUGCUGGACUCCAGCGACGAGCUCUACAAGUGGUUCACGCAGCAGGUGAUGCGCAAUCUGCACGUGGUCUUCACCAUGAACCCCUCGACGGAUGGCCUCAAGGAUCGUGCUGCCACGUCGCCGGCUCUCUUCAAUCGCUGCGUCCUGAAUUGGUUCGGUGACUGGUCGGAUUCGGCACUGUUCCAGGUGGGCAAGGAGUUUACCAUUCGCGUCGAUCUGGAGCGACCCAACUGGCAUGCGCCCGACUUUUUCCCCUCCGUGUGCCCCCUGGUGCCGGCCAAUCCCACCCAUCGGGAUGCGGUGAUCAAUUCGUGCGUGUAUGUCCACCAAACACUGCAUCAGGCCAACGCUCGUCUGGCCAAGCGUGGCGGCCGCACCAUGGCGGUCACUCCGCGCCACUACCUCGACUUUAUCCAUCACUUUGUGAAGCUGUACAAUGAGAAGCGCAGCGACCUCGAGGAGCAGCAGCUUCAUCUGAAUGUGGGUCUCAACAAGAUCGCCGAGACUGUGGAGCAGGUGGAGGAGAUGCAAAAGUCGCUGGCCGUCAAGAAGCAGGAGCUGCAGGCGAAGAACGAGGCGGCCAAUGCCAAGCUCAAGCAAAUGUUCCAGGACCAGCAGGAGGCCGAAAAGAAGAAGAUCCAGUCGCAGGAGAUCCAGAUACGUCUGGCCGAUCAAACGGUCAAGAUUGAGGAGAAGCGCAAAUACGUGAUGGCCGAUCUGGCACAGGUGGAACCGGCGGUGAUUGAUGCCCAAGCAGCUGUCAAAUCGAUACGCAAGCAACAGCUCGUUGAGGUGCGUACCAUGGCCAAUCCACCGUCGGUGGUUAAAUUGGCACUCGAAUCGAUCUGCCUGCUGCUGGGCGAGAAUGCGACCGAUUGGAAGUCGAUCCGUGCCGUGAUAAUGCGUGAAAAUUUCAUUAAUUCAAUUGUAUCUAACUUCGGUACCGAGAACAUAACCGAUGAUGUACGCGAAAAGAUGAAGUCCAAGUAUCUGAGCAAUCCCGACUACAACUUUGAGAAGGUGAACCGUGCCAGUAUGGCCUGCGGUCCCAUGGUUAAAUGGGCCAUUGCACAGAUUGAAUACGCUGACAUGCUGAAGCGUGUAGAGCCUCUGCGCGAUGAACUGCGCUCGCUGGAGGAGCAGGCCGCAGUGAAUCUGGCCAAUGCCAACGAGACCAAGGAUCUUGUGGAGCAACUGGAGCGCAGCAUUGCUGCCUACAAGGAGGAGUAUGCCCAGCUGAUUUCGCAGGCUCAGGCCAUCAAAACGGAUCUGGAGAAUGUGCAGGCCAAGGUGGAUCGUUCCAUUGCGCUGCUCAAGAGCUUGAACAUUGAGCGCGAGCGCUGGGAGUCGACCAGCGAGACAUUCAAGAGCCAAAUGUCCACCAUUGUGGGCGAUGUGCUGCUGUCUGCCGCCUUCAUUGCCUACGGCGGCUACUUCGACCAGCACUAUCGGUUGAAUUUGUUCACCACCUGGUCGCAGCACCUGCAGUCGGCCAGCAUCCAGUAUCGCGCAGACAUGGCGCGCACCGAGUAUCUGUCGAAUCCGGACGAACGGCUGCGCUGGCAGGCGAAUGCUCUGCCCACGGACGACCUCUGCACGGAGAAUGCCAUCAUGCUGAAGCGCUUCAACCGCUACCCGCUGAUUAUCGAUCCAUCGGGACAGGCCACCACCUUCCUGCUCAAUGAGUAUGCGGGCAAGAAGAUAACAAAAACCUCCUUCCUGGACGACUCGUUCCGCAAGAAUCUGGAGUCGGCUCUGCGCUUCGGUAACCCCCUGCUGGUGCAGGAUGUGGAGAAUUACGAUCCCAUUUUGAACCCUGUGCUGAAUCGCGAACUUCGUCGCACUGGCGGGCGAGUUUUGAUCACGCUCGGCGACCAGGACAUUGAUUUGUCGCCAUCCUUUGUCAUAUUCCUGUCCACGCGUGAUCCCACCGUGGAGUUCCCGCCCGACAUCUGUUCGAGGGUGACGUUCGUGAACUUUACUGUGACCCGCAGCUCCCUGCAGUCGCAGUGCCUCAACCAGGUGCUCAAGGCAGAGCGUCCGGACAUUGACGAGAAGCGUUCCGAUCUGCUCAAGCUUCAGGGCGAGUUCCGGCUGCGUCUGCGCCAGCUGGAAAAGAGCCUGCUGCAGGCGCUCAACGAUGCCAAGGGCAAGAUUCUCGACGACGAUUCGGUGAUCACCACGCUGGAGACCCUCAAGAAAGAGGCCUACGACAUCAACCAGAAGGUGGAUGAGACGGACAAGGUGAUAGCCGAGAUUGAGACCGUAUCGCAGCAGUAUCUGCCUCUGUCCGUGGCCUGCAGCAACAUUUACUUCACCAUGGACAGCCUCAACCAGGUGCACUUCCUCUACCAGUACUCGCUGAAGAUGUUCCUCGACAUCUUCUCGACGGUGCUGUACAACAAUCCCCGACUCGAGGGCCGCGUUGAUCACUCCGAGCGUCUGGGCAUCGUGACCAAGGACCUGUUCCAAGUGUGCUACGAGCGCGUUGCCCGCGGCAUGAUCCACAACGAUCGCCUCACGUUCGCCCUGCUCAUGUGCAAGAUCCAUCUGAAGAGCACGUCAGAGUCAAACCUUGACGCAGAGUUUAACUUCUUCCUGCGCAGCCGCGAGGGUCUUCUGGCCAAUCCCACUCCCGUGGAGGGACUGAGUGGAGAGCAGAUAGAGGGCGUCAAUCGCCUGGCCACGCGCCUUCCCAUCUUCCGCAAACUGUUGGAAAAGGUGAAGUCCAUACCCGAACUGGGCGCCUGGCUGCAGCAGAGCUCCCCCGAGCAGGUUGUGCCUCAGCUGUGGGACGAGUCGAAGGCUCUCAGUCCCGUGGCCAGUUCCGUGCACCAGUUGCUGCUCAUCCAGGCUUUCCGGCCGGAUCGUGUCAUUGCCGCCGCCCACAAUGUGGUCAACACUGUCCUUGGAGAGGACUUUAUGCCCAACGCCGAACAGGAACUGGACUUUACGGCCGUCGUGGAAAAGCAGCUGAACUGCAAUACGCCCGCCCUGUUGUGCUCGGUGCCGGGCUUCGAUGCCUCCGGCCGUGUGGAUGACUUGGCUGCGGAGCAGAACAAGCAGAUAUCCAGCAUUGCCAUUGGCUCUGCCGAGGGCUUCAAUCAGGCGGAGCGGGCCAUUAACAUGGCCUGCAAGACCGGUCGCUGGGUGCUGCUCAAGAACGUGCAUCUGGCGCCCCAGUGGCUGGUACAGCUGGAGAAGAAGAUGCACUCGCUGCAGCCGCACUCGGGCUUCCGUCUCUUCCUCACCAUGGAGAUCAACCCGAAGGUGCCUGUCAACUUGCUGCGUGCCGGACGUAUCUUCGUUUUUGAACCGCCGCCGGGCAUACGGGCCAAUCUGUUGCGUACCUUCUCCACGGUGCCGGCGGCACGCAUGAUGAAAACGCCCAGCGAGCGGGCCAGACUCUACUUCCUGCUGGCCUGGUUCCACGCCAUCGUCCAGGAGCGACUGCGCUACGUGCCCCUCGGCUGGGCCAAAAAGUACGAGUUCAACGAGUCGGAUCUGCGCGUGGCCUGCGACACUCUGGACACAUGGAUCGAUACCACGGCCAUGGGCCGCACCAAUCUACCCCCAGAGAAGGUGCCGUGGGAUGCUCUUGUCACGCUGCUCUCCCAGUCCAUCUAUGGCGGCAAGAUCGACAACGACUUUGACCAGCGUCUGCUGCAGUCCUUCCUCAAGAAACUCUUCACCGCCCGCAGCUUCGAGGCUGACUUCGCCCUGGUGGCGAAUGUGGACGGAGCUUCGGGAGGAUUGCGCCACAUCACCAUGCCGGACGGCACACGUCGCGACCACUUCCUGAAGUGGAUCGAGAACCUGACGGAUCGCCAGACGCCCUCCUGGCUGGGCCUGCCCAACAAUGCUGAGAAGGUGCUGCUGACCACACGCGGCACGGAUCUAGUGAGCAAGCUGCUGAAAAUGCAGCAACUGGAGGAUGACGAUGAGCUGGCUUACAGCGUGGAGGAGCAGUCAGCAGAGUCUGCUCUGGCUGUGGGUCGCAGCGAGGAUGGCCGCCCGUCUUGGAUGAAGACGCUGCACAAUUCGGCCACCGCAUGGCUGGAGCUGCUGCCCAAGAGUCUGCAGGUGCUCAAGCGCACAGUGGAGAACAUCAAGGAUCCGCUGUAUCGCUACUUCGAGCGCGAGGUGACCAGCGGAGCCCGGCUGCUGCAGACGGUAAUCCUUGACCUGCAGGAUGUUGUGCUCAUUUGCCAGGGUGAGAAGAAGCAGACGAACCAUCAUCGUUCCAUGCUCUCGGAGCUGGUGCGCGGCAUCAUACCCAAGGGAUGGAAACGCUACACAGUCCCCACCGGCUGCACCGUCAUUCAGUGGAUCACGGACUUUAGCAAUCGCGUGCAGCAGUUGCAGAAAGUGUCGCAGCUGGUCUCGCAGGCGGGCGCCAAGGAGUUGCAGGGCUUCCCUGUUUGGCUGGGCGGCCUCCUCAAUCCCGAGGCGUACAUCACGGCCACCAGGCAGUGUGUGGCCCAGGCCAACAGCUGGUCGCUGGAGGAGCUGGCGCUGGAGGUGACCAUCACCGAUGCAGGCCUCAAGACCGACCAGAAGGACUGCUGCUUCGGCGUGACCGGACUCAAGCUGCAGGGCGCACAGUGCAAAAACAACGAGCUGCUUCUGGCUUCCACCAUCAUGAUGGAUCUGCCAGUGACCAUCCUCAAGUGGGUCAAGAUAUCGUCGGAGCCGCGCAUCAGCAAGCUCACGCUGCCCGUCUACCUGAACUCGACUCGCACAGAGCUGCUCUUCACCGUGGACUUGGCCGUGGCCGCUGGACAGGAUUCGCACAGCUUCUAUGAGCGUGGUGUGGCCGUUCUCACGUCCACCGCCUUGAACUAAAUAUCGUAU